GUGGACUUUCAGGGGCCGGUGGCUCCUCCAGAGGGGCCCCCCACAGCCCCCGCUGUCAUUGGCUUCCUCAUCACAUGCAUCCGUCAUGGGGCUGGCUGCAUCCCAUCUGCCGGUUUGCGGUCAGGAGAGGAAAGAGGAGCAGGGUGAGGGCGGCCUUGCACCCUUGUGGGCUCCGGAAAGGCCUGCUUGGUCACUGCUGGACUGCCGCUGGACUUGACAUUUCCAGACUGGCCACUCAUCUCCUCCCAAGUACAAAGAGUGUCUUAGGAUCUCCCAAUGGGGCGGCUUUGCUCUGGGCUCACGUUCCCUGUGAGCUGCCUGAUCCUGAUGUGGGCGGCGGGCUCUGGGAGCAUCAAGGUCCUGCAUGCGCCCACCUGCCUCUCCGACUACAUCAGCACCUCCGUCUGCCGGUGGAAGAUGGAUGGUCCCACCAACUGCAGCGCCGAGCUCCGCCUGUCCUACCAGCUGGACUUUAUGGGGAAUCGCACGUGUGUCCCUGAGGAUGAAGGAGGCACAGCAUGUGUGUGCAACAUGGUGACGGACGACCUGGUUGACGCUGACGUGUACCAGCUGCACCUGUGGGCUGGGAUGCGGAUGCUGUGGCAUGGAUCCUUCAGGCCCAGCCAUCACGUGAAACCCAGGGCCCCCGGAAACCUCACGGUGCACCCCAACGCCUCCCACACGUGGCUGCUGACGUGGAGUAACCCAUACCCGCCUGAUAAUCACCUCUACUCCGAGCUCACCUACAUGGUCAACAUUUCAAACGAAAACGACCCCACGGAUUCCAGAAUCUAUAACGUGACCUACAUGGAGCCCACCUUCCGCCUGGCGGCCAGCACCCUGAAGUCUGGAGUCUCCUACAGCGCACGGGUGAGGGCGUGGGCUCAGAGCUACAACAGCACCUGGAGUGAGUGGAGCCCCAGCACCAAGUGGCUUAACUACUAUGAACCCUGGGACCAGCACCUCCAGCUCGGCGUCCUCAUCUCCUGCCUCGUCAUCCUGGCCGUCUGCCUGUCCUGCUACUUCAGCGUCAUCAAGAUUAAGAAAGAAUGGUGGGACCAGAUUCCCAACCCUGCCCACAGCCGCCUGGUGGCUAUCGUCAUCCAGGAGCCACAGGUGUCGCUGUGGGGGAGGCGGUCCCGAGGCCAGGAACCAGCCAAGUGCCCACGCUGGAAGAGUUGUCUUACCAAGCUGCUGCCCUGUUUACUGGAGCACGGAACGGAAAGGGGAGAGGACGCCUCCAAGGGUGCCAGACACGCGCCUUUUCAGGGCCGUGGAAAAGCAGCAUGGGGCCCUGUGGAGGUCAGCAAGACGGUCCUCUGGCCCGAGAGCAUCAGCGUGGUGCGGUGCGUGGAGCUCUUGGAGGCGCCGAUGGCGAGGGAGGAGGAGGAGGAGGAGGAGGAGGAGGAGAAGGGGAGCUUCUGCCCAUCGCCCGGGGGCAGCAGGGGCACCUUCCAGGACGGCAGGGAGGACAUCGCCGCCCGGCUGACAGAAAGCCUCUUCCUGGACCUCCUCGAGGGUCAGGUGGAAUCCUGGCUUCCUCCUCCUCCUCCUCCGGGAAAUGCGGGUGCUCAGAAGCCCUGGGCUGCGUUCCUGGCUCCGGGGCCCCAGGAGGCAUCAUCCCAGGGUGACGAGCCGCCUUGCAGCCCCCAGUCCCGUCCUCCGGCCACUCUGGCCCAGAGCCCAGGCAGCCUGACUCUCCCAGAGAUGUCCCCUGUCAUCACAGACAACCCCGCCUACCGCAGCUUCGGAACCUGCCAGGGCCAGACUCCCGCAGAGAGUGACUCGGACCCAGAGGUGGCUGAAUGCCUGGGGGAGGCGGACCCUAGCCUCCCCGUUCCCUCCCAGCCUUCAGAGCCCGAGCCAGAGACCUGGGAGCACAUUCUGCGCCAGAGUGUCCUUCAGCACAGGGCGGCCGAGGUCCCGGCCCCCAGCAGCGGCUACCGAGAGUUCACGUGCGCUGUGGGGCAGGGCGGCGGCCAGGACGGCGGGGCCGCUGGGUACAAGGCCUUCUCAAGUCUGCUCACCAGUGGUGCUGGCUGCCCAGAGACAUCUGGGGGUGAGGCCGGCAGUGGGGACGGGGGCUACAAGCCCUUCCAAAGCCUCACCCCUGCCCCCGCCCCCCUGUUCACCUUCGGACUGGACAUGGACCCCCCUGGCUGCCCUCAGGGCUCACUCCUCCCAGGCGGAUUCCCAGAGCCAACAGGAAAGGCAGACAGCAGCCACAAGAGCCUGCUGGCCCUGGAGCUGACCGCAGACCUCCUCGGGGACGACCUGGCCAGCGGCAUCGUCUACUCAGCCCUCACCUGCCACCUGUGUGGCCACCUGAAGCAGUGUCACGGCCAGGAGGAGCGUGGCGAGGCUGCUGUGGCCAGCCCCUGCUGCGGCUGCUGCUGCGGGGACAGGUCCUCACCCCUGGGCAGCCCCCUGAGGGUCCCGGACCCUCUGCCCACCGGGGUCCCCCUGGAGGCCGGCCUCUCUCUAGCCUCCUUGGCACCCUUGGCCAUCCCAGAGGAGGGCACGCCCUCCCUGUUCUUGCAGCCUGCCCUGAGCCAUGCCCCCAGCUCGAGCCAGACCCCCAGAAAGGUGGCCAUGCUCUCACCAGAGCCCAGGUGCGUGAUCGCCUCUUAGCCAUGUGCCCUCUUGUCGCUUAUGCCUACAAGUGAGGGCUGGACCUUGGCCGUGCCUGUGAAGCGACUCGCCAUCUGCCUGGCAGGUUUGCCAAAGACUUGAAGAACCCUGGUAUGAGAUUGGGAGGCGGUCUGCCGCGGAGGUACAGAGACCGGAUUGUACCCCCACCCCCACCCCCAGCUCCCAGCCUUGGCCUGGACUCACCACAUCCCAUGGGACUGGUCAGCAUAAGGAAGGUGCAGGCCCUGCAGGGAUCAGGAACUCCUUGGACCCUGGGCUUAUGCACGAGCCCCUGGCCACUCGAUCGGUCCACACACUGUCCCUGUCAGCUCACCCUGUGUGUGCUCUGUCCACCUCGUCCCUCUGUGACUCGUGUCUUGCCCGGUUCUGGGAUUAGCUGCUGCUGUCUCACUGGACUGGAGGCUGAGCCUAGAAACUACGCCAGCCCACAGGGGGAGGACUUGGGAGACCUUGGGAAAUGGACAGACACUCUGGCCCAGGAAGGAUGGUGGUGUGCCCAGAGCUGCCCGUUCAUUCAACAGACCUUCUGCAGGUUAACAUUGGGGUCGGGACCUGGGCUGUGGAGGGGUGCCAAGUCAAGUGUGGGUAACAGACACCAAAGGACUAUGAUCACAUGGCCGCUGUCUGUUCCCCAUAUAACCGAGAAGACAAUGGGACGGGGCGGGGCGGUGGGGGGGGCUCCUGUUAAGCCCUGGAACCCCGUAAUGAACAGGGCCAGCUCCCUCGGGGCCAGUCUGUGCCCCUUGGAUCCUUUGCUGGUGGACACAGGGAGGGAGUGGUUCCGGUCCAGUGAUUGGCCCAGCUGGGCCUUCCGGCUGCCCUGCUCUGGGCCCUCUGGUUGAGUAACGCUUGUUUGCAUCUCAAAGAUUAUUUUGUCACCUGAUAUUUGUCUUCGCUGAGAGGGGUGGAAUCGGAGGGCAGGGUGUGGUGUUUUGUAUAAAUAAAGCCUCUUUAUCACCUUC